CUCAGGUUGCAUUGCUCCUUAUUUCUCUCUAUCUCGAUUGGUGAACGCCAACAUCGUAAAUGUCGAUGGGGAGUCAUGUAGAAUUGUAACAAAAUCUGAUCGUACUCCGGUGUUCUUGUUCGAUAGUUGCGAUGCGUCGUUCGUGCGCAACAUAAAAAAGGGACGUCGCACGGGAACGAUGACGCGCGGCAUUUCGCGUGGCACCGUCUGCUGGGGAACGCCAAGUAGAUGAUAUAACGCGGGGACGAGGACUGCCGCCGAUCAUGUUCACAUUAGGAAAUUAAGGGACGCGGGUUAAAUGCCCUUGUUACGCAAGGUGCUACUGUGGCUGACAAUCCUCGCGUUGCUUUUGGUGGCCCUUUACCUCUAUCAGACGUCCAAUGGUGAGUGCUGGGUCGUGCCCGUCCACCGAACGCGGAAUGCUAGCCUGGCAAACCUUACGACCACCUUAGCAGCUGCUGGCUACUCCACUGAAGUUAAUGAUCUGCCCUCGACGAACGUUUCAUUGAACUAUUACAAUAUCUGGUGCAUCUUUACGAAAGUCGCGUCAAAUUCUCCCAUGAGACGCAAGUUCCAAAUAUUCACCGAUUCCUUGCUUAGAUUGGCCUCUGUAGAUGUCAUCUUCCAUGUGAUAAGUGACGACGAUAGUCGAGGCAUAGCACACACAGUCGUUCAAAAUGUUAUGAACAAUACUGGAAAGUUUAUGCAGGUUUUUUACUAUGACGUACACAAACUGGCUGCACAGCUGGAGGAUAUCGUAUCAGUCAUGUCUCCACACUUCAGUAGCAAACCAGGAACGUAUUAUUCUGAUGCAUUAUUCUUCCUCUCACUGGGACUGCACAGAAUCGCCCCCAGCGAUCAGAGGCUCGCCGCAAUGUUUGACGCGGAUACAAAAUUCCGCAGAGACGUAAAGGAUCUGUUCAAAGAGUUCGAUAAUUUUGGGAGGGAAGCUCUGUUCGGCUUGGCUCCGGAGCUUACGCCGGUCUACCGACACGUUUUGUACUUAUAUCGCAAUAAACACCCUGCGACGAUGUUUGGCGAGCCUCGGCACAAAGGUGGAUACCCUGGCUACAACAGCGGAAUGGUGCUCUUUAAUUUAGAGAGAUUACGCGAGUCGCGUGUGUACAAUGAGAUCGUCAGCAAAGGCAGUGUGGAUGCAAUGACGGAAAAGUAUCACUUCAAGGGUCACUUGGGCGACCAAGACUUUUAUACGCUUCUUGGGAUGGAAAGACCGGAGCUUAUCCAUACAGUUGAUUGUGGCUGGAAUAGGCAACUUUGUACCUGGUGGCGUGACCGUGGUUACGCGGAUAUAUUUGCUAAUUAUUCGGAAUGCCGCUCGGAGACCAAACUGUGGCAUGGAAAUUGCAAUACUCCUAUACCCAACGAUUAGUAGGCCAUAAUCUUUAUGGUGUAGAUAUCGAGUAGAAGAUGCUUCCAAUUUGAAAGAAAUGGUGCUAAAGUAUAAAAUAAAAGUUUGUCUUUUGAUAGCAUUAAGAAAAUUUAAGAUAAUUAUAAUCUCUUUUUGACGAAUUUAAAAAAGUUCAAGUUGUGCAAGAAAAUAUCAAAGUUCACGUCUAAUUAUUUUUAAAAUACAAGAAUUUCAAACUAAUAAGCUACGAUUAAGUAUCUGUGAAUGUAUAGUUGAUUGUAUGAAUGAUUGCUCUAUUCAUGCAUUGACUGAUAAAAAUUAUGAAAAAAUUUAUUCUUAAUAAGAAAGCUUAUUCAAUAACGGUUUUGUAGGACUUUCAAACUGUGUUCCAACGUCUUGCUCUUUGAAGCUGUGAUUUAUCGUUGCAAUAUUUUUUUUCUAUUCCCUCUUCAGUGGCAAUAUAGUUUUUAUGUUAAUGCUGUAUUCUUUUCUUUCUAAUUGAUAUUAAAAAGUGUAGCAAUUAUUUCGCGUACUUGAUUGUACAUUUUAAAUUAUGUUUGCAAUAUUAUAUCGAUAUCGCCAUUAUUAAAAAUCAGUAUAUAAAAUCAGUAUUAUAAAAGUCCGCUAUCUAUAUGUUAGGAACGUACAUGUACAUGUUUGUCCAAGAAAGAUGCAUUCCAUCUGUGAAGCAUAAACUUAGAAUAGAUUUGAGAUAUGUAAUUUCUCACAAGUUACGUGCUAUUAUACGCAAUUAUGUGUGACAAUUACUUUUUAGAUCUGCUAAUUUUUAAGUCUAAUCUCAAGAAGAUAGGUGCUAUAAAAAGGUAAAAUUACUGGAAAUAUGCCAUCUUUAGAAGUGUGCAAUUUUUCUACAAUGGUGCUAUUUUAUAAGUAUAGUGGAUAUACAUAUACAUGAGAUACAUAUUGAAAUUUAUAUUUUUCUAUCGAAAGAUAUCGGGAGAAAAUUUAUUCCAAGGAACACACGAAAGCGAGAUAAUGGAUAAUGAGUGAGAUUUAAUGAAUAACACAGAUGCAAUGUUAUAAUUUUAAUACAGCUAUAUAUAUAAAUUAUAACAUAUAAAUAGAUGCUCCGUUAUAGCGUGCACAUGUAUGUAAGGGAAAGAUAUUAAAUACAAUAUUGACAUUACGC